GUAACUCAAACAUUUCAGCAAAAGCGCAAAGAAGCGUUUUCACUGCAUGUUUCUGUAUACAAGACAAGUAAAAAAAAUCUAAGUCAGCGUUUUGUUAGUACAUCAAAUAGCUACUAGAUAAAUGGCGAAACAUCACCCAGAUUUAAUUUUCUGUCGUAAGCAACCCGGCGUCGCAAUUGGUCGUCUUUGCGAGAAAUGCGACGGCAAAUGCGUAAUCUGCGAUAGCUAUGUGCGUCCCUGUACACUGGUGAGAAUCUGUGACGAAUGCAACUAUGGUUCCUACCAAGGGCGAUGUGUCAUUUGUGGUGGUCCGGGUGUAUCGGACGCCUAUUACUGCAAAGAAUGCACUAUUCAGGAAAAAGAUAGAGACGGCUGUCCCAAAAUUGUCAAUCUUGGAAGUUCCAAAACGGAUCUGUUCUACGAGAGGAAAAAAUACGGGUUCAAACAGCGAUAAAAUAGGUACAUUUUGUCUUUUUAACUUUUAGAUUCUUUGUAUUGAUAAAGGAUUCCAAUUCGACCGAAAUCUACAAAAUAUGAUUCUGGUAUUAACAAAA